AGGAGCCGCUGGUGGCCUGAGCGGCCGGGCGCAGCCGAAGACCACCAGCCUUAUGGAUGGGGACAACACAACACCAGCCCCUGGGCGAGCAGCAGCACGUCGCAGGGGAGGCCUCCUGACCGGCGCACACGCGUUUGCCGUGCCUCUGCCGAGGCCGUGCCGCGUCCUUUUUUUUCCUUGCAGUUCCCCGCAGACCUCGCAAGACCCGUGGGCCGCGCUGCGCGGGAGGGAGCCGCUGUGAAUAUCGGCGUGCCUCCGCUGCGUCUCGCGUCGGCAUUCUUCAUGUUGCUGGGCCUGCUUAGCCUGGAGGGUUUCAAUGCCCAGGGGCUGAGAGCAGUACCCCUCUCAAGUUUUUGUUGUUCGGCCAGAGCCAGGGCUGGGAUAUCCGUGCGUUCCAUCCGUUUCCCUGCACGCGGUGCCCAGCCCUGGCAGCCUCGCAGGCCUGCUCUGACACGGCACUGGGCAAAGAUAUUGGUCCCUGCGGCCAGGCCUAACACUGCUCGCUGUGUGUACUAGGAUGCAGUCAUCCAUCGGGGAGGGGGCAGUAUCAGCGACACGUCGCCGUGGGGAGCCCGCCAGGGUGCUCCUUCGCUCCUGCCCGAUGCCCUGGUGCUUCUUCGGGGGUGGCACGGUGACGGAACUUUCCCCCCGGCAGCGUGCCGCUGCUGCCGUGCUGGCCCCCUCUCUCCCAGGCGCUCAGACCAUGUUGAUAGGGAGCGCUCGAAACCGCCGGCUGCGCUUGACAGUGGGCGCGCGCGCGGGUUGCGAGAGCCUCCGCGGAAGGACCCCGCGCUGCAGAGGAAGGUCGCCGUUGUUGCCGGUCUCGCCCGCGAUCGCGGGCGCCCCCCGCACAGGCGCGGAGGGCGCCAGAGAAAUCGAUGCG